AAUGUUGAAAGCAGGGCUGGUGUUAUAAAAAUGAGGCCAUGGAGAGAGGGAAUUAGGAAUUGGAAAGAGAUGGUGAGUGGGCAGUACCAAUCGUCGGAAAGGAAAACGAUAAUGGUAACCGGUGGGGCGGGGUUCAUCGGAUCACACACGGUUGUUCAGCUUCUAAAACAGGGCUAUACAGUUUCCAUUAUCGACAAUCUCUACAAUUCCGUCAUGGAAGCUGUCCACAGGGUUCGCCAUUUGGUUGGUCCUCAACUUUCCAACAACCUCCGCUUUCACCACGUCGAUCUCCGCAACAAGCAAGAGUUGGAGAUGAUCUUCUCUAAAACCAAGUUUGACGCUGUGAUCCACUUUGGUGGUCUAAAAGCGGUGGGAGAAAGUGUCGCAGAGCCACUCAAAUAUUUUGAUCACAACUUGGUUGGCAGCAUCAAUCUUUUUCAAGUGAUGGCUAAAUUUCAGUGUAAAAAGAUGGUAUUGUCAUCCUCUGCAGCAGUUUAUGGUCAACCAGAAGAAAUUCCCUGCGUUGAGGACUUCCACUUGCAAGCCAUGAAUCCUUAUGGAAGAACCAAGCUUUUCGCGGAAGAGAUUGCACGAGAUAUUCAAAAGGCAGAGCCAGAGUGGAGGAUAAUAUUGCUGAGAUACUUCAAUCCGGUUGGGGCACAUGAGAGCGGUGAGAUUGGCGAAGAUCCAAGGGGCAUACCCAAUAAUCUGAUGCCUUACUUAACCCAAGUUGCAGUUGGAAGAUUGCCUGAGCUCAACGUUUAUGGUCAUGAUUAUCCCACCAAAGAUGGCACUGCGAUACGGGACUUUAUCCAUGUAAUGGACUUGGCAGAUGGUCACAUUGCUGCGUUGCGAAAGCUUUUUGCGACAGACAAAAUCGGUUGUGGUGCCUACAACUUGGGAACUGGCCGCGGUACAUCAGUGCUUCAAAUGGUUGCUGCAUUUGAAGAGGCUUCUGGCAAGAAAAUUCCUAUUAAAAUGUGUCCAAGGAGGCCCGGAGAUGCUACUGCUAUCUAUGCAUCUACGCGUAAGGCUGAAAAUGAACUUGGUUGGAAGGCAAAAUACGGUAUAGAGGAGAUGUGCAGAGACCAAUGGAAUUGGGCAAGCAACAAUCCAUGGGGAUACCAGCUUGAGCCUGGGUUCGGGAAUCAUUGAAUUUGAACUACCUUCAUCUUCACUUUCACCUUCCGCACAUAUACACUUCAUCCUACUAUCCUCGUUCUCUUGUAUUUUGUCCUUCUACCAUACUACCUAAGAUAUAAAUUUUGAUGUUCCUUUUGUUAUACGUACAGUUCAAUUGAUUCUUCACUCAUUAAGACCAUAUACCUAGAAAAGGGCUCUGUGAUUAAAAAAAAUAAGAGAUGAGUUAAUAAUAAUAAAAUGUUUCUUUA